AUCAUCAUGCCGUGAGCUGAAUACACUAAGCAAUGCACAGAAGAUGAGCCACCAUCCGGUACAAUGAUAGGUGAAUCUGACAAUUGGUGACGUAAAGGAGUCAUGUACGCUCUCGGUUUGUCCGUCACCCAAAUACGAUCGCUUACCCGGAGAAGUUCUUUGAGAGUGCGCAGGCGAUAGCAGCACACAGUCAUCUUCGUUGGGCUGACCUUAGUCGCGAGUGGAUCCGUCGUCAACAAGCUAGAAUCGCUAGAGUUGACUGGGAAUCGAGACUUCCGUGUGUACUCGGUCCCCGUAAGUCGCGUCUUUCUUUGUUCUCUCGCAAACAACAGAAGCUCCUCAACAAAGCAAGGGAGAUGGAAGGAGUCCCGGAUCUGAGUGCCUUGCUGAAGGGACGACUACAGCUGUUGUCGAAGGAGUCGGCUCCUGUUGGUCCUUCUGGGGUCCCCGACUCUGGAGAUCAAGGGGGUUCAAAGGAGGGAGCUUCUAAUUCGAACGACGAGGGUGUUAGCGUCGAACCCCCAGCCCCGAGUCCUAAGAAGAAGAAGAAAGAUAAGAGGACGACGGGAAAGUCGUCGGAUGAGACCUCGCUGCCUUUGUCCGCUUCUCUUGCUACGUCGUCUGAAGGUCAAGGGACAAAGAAGAAGAAGAAGAAGAAGAGGACCCGCGACGAGGCGACUUCGCGAGACGAGGCUACCGCUAUGGAUGACGCGACACCCGUAGAGCGUCCCAAAAAGAAAGUUAAGAAGAAGGCCGCUGGAACUGAGCCUGGUUCUUCGGUCGUUGUGCCAUCCUCGGCUGAUGCCGCUAGGGAGGGUGAGGUCAUUCCUAACGUUUCUUUAGAGGAGAAGAGAAAGGCCUUGGUGCAAAGGAGUGGCUCUGGAUCCGAGUCCGCUGGUGGCGAGAAGUCUGUCCCUGGCUCCUCUAUGAGCGGAGGUCCUCGUCUCGAGGGUACUCCUUCAAAGACAGGGAGGAUUGAAUAUCCCGAUCGUGUGGAGUUUCUCUACGACGAAGCGACUCCGUUGGUUCUUAAUCCACUUCGGUGUGCUGAACUGACUCGUCAGAUUCGUGGCGGAACCAAAGAGUUGCCGCCGGUCGACGACCUAUACUUCAAAAAGGAGUACAUUGACGCGGCUAUGGCGGGCAGACGGGUAAACUCGCUUUCCCCUUAUUUUCCUUUCUCUUUCUUAAAAAUUUUUCUAAGUUUUUAUUGCUUUACGCAGAGCGACGGGAGCAUGAAUUAUCUCGUGGAGAAGUACGACAGCACUUUGAAGCAGACGAUGAUCCAGCUGGGCACCUCGGAUAAACUUGCACGGACCAGAUUGGGCGUGAUCGAGAGGUUACGCGCUGAGAACAAAAAGGCCAGCGACAAAGCGGCCAAAGAGAAAGAGGUCCUCCGAGUUAAGUUCGAGGAGUUGGAAGGCAAGCUGAAGUCUGACCGUCUUGCGAAGAAGGACGCUCUCCGCGAGAAAACCCGCUUAGAGCGAUUGGUCGCUUCCCUUGAGAAGGAGAAGGCUGAGCUCGAGGGAGAGAGGGACGCCGUCGUCGGGACGCUGGUCAAAGAGAGGCAACGCCUGAGGGAUUCCAGGGUUCAGGAGGUUACCCGCGAGAGGAUCAGGGUCCAAACGGCUAUGGCGGACAAGUCUACUCGCUGCAUCGGUAAGAUGAAGGGCUAUAUGGAUCGCCUUAUCGCGCGAGAGAAAGCCAAGAACUUAUAUGGGCAGGCUUCAGGAACCAAAAAGUGCCUCGAGAUGAUUAAAGAUAGCGGGAUCGCGAUUCCGCCGAGUAUGAUCAACAUCUUCUCGGAGCAGGAGAAGAUGUAUGAGGCUGAAGUCGCCAAUCUUUAUCUCGAGCCGUUCUCUGAGGAUGACUAUGCUCUCUCUCCUCUCAACCUCCCUUCUCGAUUCGUGAAUGAAGAGCUCAUGGGGGUACUUGACCCGUACGGAUCAAAUGUUGGUCUGAUUGGCCAUGAAUCAGCCUCCCAGUUGAUCACUUCCCGCGAGGCGACUGAAGAUCCAGUCGAUGAGCCGAUGGUAGACAUUACUUCUGCUUUGUCGGAGCGUAUUGUCGUUCCUGAAGGAACUACCAUCGAGGAGCGCCCCGACGGGAGCGAUCCCGAGACCGGGGGCGCGAUUCAAACAGACACGGGGGAUGUAGCCGCUGAAGAUCCGGUCUUGGUUUCUUCAUCUGAGGAGCGGGAAGAGGACGAAGUGGGCGAGGAGGAGAACAGGUCAUCAUCGGCGCUUGUUGAAGGGAUGGUUCCGAACCUGCCAGUUUCAGACCCUCGUGCUCAGGUCGAAGGCCUUGGCAAUCAAGUUCGUGAAGAACAAACGAUCGAAGCGCUUGACCCGAGUAGGGACGAUCAAGACGUUGUCGUCUGAUCUUGUUGUGUGUUAUAUUUAGGAUGCUUUCAUCGGUGGUCUUGAUAGACCUUGUUGUUGUACUUUAAACUCUUUCUAUUUUGUGUUUCUUGUCAGUAUUUGCAACCCUUAAGCGAUUUCAUUUAUCUGUUGUGUGUUUGAAACAUCAGAUUUUCAUAUCUUUAAUUUUUGCAAAUAGACAAGUGAUGAACCGGUAAUUGGUUUUACUCGGCUGUCAUCAUGUUUCGAUUUGGAGUUGUCCAAAAGUCGAUAACAAAGAAUUGAGUAUAAGAGUGAAAGGUCCUUCUGUCCGUUUUCUCAAUGACAAUUAAGCAAUCGGGUAGCUAAGCCGUUACAUUUUAGUCGAGAAAAGGCAAAGAUUCACUCUGUUUAGUCGGUUCAAUGCUUAGGCAUAGGUGAACCGUGACUGUUAGGGUCCUGGAGCCAAGUGUCUGAUCAGAACAUAGCUGCGAGCAAAGGAGCGUGAGUGUCCGCGUAUCCUCUGCUGGAGGCACGGGAACCCUGAUGUGAAAGUCAUUGUUUAUUCAAUUGAGACCUAGGUAAGGUUUUGACUUUGGUUUUGUUACAGCUGGACCUGUUAAGGCUGCCUACGUACCUCGGUUGAGGAUCAAGCCAUUCGUAGUUCGUUUUUCCCAAGUAAAAGUGACUGUGAGUGGCGCAUUUACUCGGUCGAGUAGAAGUGACUACGGGGGUGCAUCUACUCUGUUUUUUUUUGUUACAGCUGGACCUGUUAAGGCUGCCUACGUACCUCGGUUGAGGAUCAAGCCAUCCGUAGUUCGUUUUUCUCCUGAGUAAAAGUGGCCGUGAGGGGCGUAUUUACUCGGUCGAGUAGAAGUGACCACGGGGGUGCAUCUACUCGGUUUUUUUUUUUUUUUUUUUUUUUUUUUUU